CAUUGGAGAGUUACUGUAUAGAUUUGGGGAAAAAUUCUGGGGAUUUUAUCGGCAAAAACUUCCUAUUACAAGAAGUUUAUACGUUGAAGAAUUUGAGACUUGCAUCUCAAAUGCGACAAUUAAGGAUCUCAUGCAAAGAGCAGAAGUUCUUUCUUUAGGGGGAAUUCAUGAAAGCUGUAAGAAUAUAAUCCCUGAUGUAUUUAAAACAAUAGGAGGAGGUAUGCAUUCUUUGACUCAACUUUCACUUUGUUUUUGUGACAAAAUAGAAUGUGUGAUAGACAUUGGAAAUCAUUUGGGUCAACUUGGAAUUAUCUCUAGAUUGACUCACCUAACUAUCAAAGAGAUGAAUUGUUUGAAAACUUUAUGUCAUGGUCAACCUCCUUCGGGCCUUUUUGCAAACUUGGAGGUCCUGGAUAUAUGUGGUUGUCAUUCACUUCAGAAUAUAGUAGCUGAUGAAGGGACUGAAAUAGUUGUAGCAGAUAGUGAAUAUCAAAUGACAUUCCCAAAAUUAAAGACACUAAUCAUCUAUCAGUGCACUCGGCUAGAAUACUUAAUGCCUAACACUUUUGCUCAAAGCCUUACACACUUGGAGGUUUUGGAUAUAAGGAGAGCUAAUAAAUUGACAAGUGUGUUUGUCCAAUCCAUUCACAAAGAACCAAGUCCAGAAAAUUUUCAACUGAUAGAGUUUUGUGCUUUAAGCUACCUAUCUCUCAACAACUUGCCAAAUAUCAUUAGCAUUUGUCAAGGAAAUUAUCAUCCAACCUGGCCAUCUUUGAAAAGCUUAAACUUGGGAGGAUGUCCACAGUUAGACCUCAGGUCCAUCAAUUACUGGCUUGUUAUCUCUGGGCUGAGACAAAAGGAUUAUGAAACAUCAGAGGAACUAUAUAAGGCAAUGGUGACUCCGCUGGAAACUUUGCAAUCACUUAUUGUGCAAAACACUAAAAUAGAAGUUAUUUUUGAUGGCGAAGGGCUUUCUAAUAUUGAACAACGAGUGACCUCAAGUUUGCACUACCUUCGAUUGCAUGAGCUACCAAAGUUGAGCCAUAUAUGGAAGGGUCCCAAAGACUUUUUACUCCUUCAAAAUCUUGGCAAGUUAAUAAUACAAGAAUGUAGAAAUUUGAAAGUUAUCUUUCCUACAUCUGUCUCAAGAUGCUUGCAACAAUUGAGGGAACUCGACAUCAGGAAGUGUGAAGAAUUGGAGGAAAUAAUUGAAGAUGAAAGUCUAAGUCCAUCAAAUCCUCAUCCACUUGUCUUCCCAAAUCUAAGUGCAAUCUUCAUCAGACAUUGCCAUAAGUUGAAACAUGUAAUUCCUAUCUCUACAAGCCAUGUGCUUCCCAAAAUAAGGAUCUUAUUCAUACAUGGAGCAUCAGAAGUAGAGAAAAUAUUUAGAGAUGAGGAAGGAGAGACAAGAGAGAUCAGAAAGGAGAAUCUAAUUCCAAAUUUGGAAUAUGUAAUAUUGUGGCAACUGCCUAAACUCAACACAGGAGGUCAAUGGAUUGACUUGCGAACUGUGAGGUACCUUUUAGUGCAACAAUGCCCGAGACUCAAUAUCACUUCCACUAUUACUCCUCGGCAGUUGCAACAAAUAUUAGAUAAUGAGAAAGCAGCUUAUUGGGAUGACCGUUGGGAGUUAAAGUUUGUGUUGGAAGAUAUUAUUGAAUCCAAUGAAAAAUGUAGCAGACAAAUGGAAUCUCUUUCUUCUUCACAUGCUCAGAACAAUAAGCAGAACUUGACACCUAUUGCCUCACCAAAAUCAGCAAAGAAUGUUGAAGAGUCAAGAGAUGAAAAGUCCCUGGAGCUGAACAUAGCAGAGGAAAUGAAUGUUCAAGGAAGCAUUGAAUCAGAGAAUGUUAAGAUAGUUGCUUCAUCAGCUCAUUCAGAAGCAACUAGCUCACUCAUUGGCUCCUCUACUCUAUCUAUAGCACUUCAGCAUAAUAAGAAAGAGUCAAAAGUUCAAACUACUCGAGAGCAAAACAUAUCAAAGGAAAAGAGUGUUCAAGGAAGAGUUGAAGAGGGUACUACAUCGAGGAAUGUUCAAAUAUUCACUACAGUAGCUCAUUUAGAACCAGCAAGCUUAGCCAAGAUUCAAAGUGAAAUCAAGUUCAACCCAAGGGAGUUGGAUAUUGAUAAAGAUGGCAAGUUGAUCCCUCUAAAAAAUCUUCAAGACUACAAAGAUGAUGAUCUCAUUAGUUUUCUUCAAUCUAUGGAGGAUCAUUAUGGUAGGGAAUCACCAUUCUCAGUCAUUCGUACAGUUGCUGCAUAUAAAGAUGAGCUUGUUGCAAAGGCACUUGUUGACUUGAAAGACUACUUGAAGAUGCCUCUUAGGGACAUAGCAGCCUCAGAAGCCAAUAGUCUUCGCCUGCAAACUGCUCUCAAUUUUUUGUCUCGUUUUUCUUUGGAAGAUAUAGCUCUUUCCCAUGGUGUGAAGGCUUUAAUAAAGUCUAUGCACAAAGAUUUUCCUAGUAUCAUACAAGCAUUUGCUACUGCCAAUGAAUUUGUAGUGCUCGAAGAAAGAGAUAAAAGAAUCAAAGAAGAACUAACUCAAAGGAAAGAGGUUGCCAUUGCUCUUGUUUCCAGAAUAUCUAAGACCCAGAAGUCAAUGGUUGAAGCUCGAGCAAAGAAAGCUAGGUUGAAGGAACAUAUCACUUGGUUGGAUAAAGAAAUAACAGAUUAUGAGGUUGAGCUGUCGCGUCUACAAGAGCAGAAAAGGAAAUGUAUUGCAGAAAAUAUAGAAUUUAUGAAAGAGAUUGAGGUCAUGAGAAAGGAAAGUUUGGAGAUGGUGGAAGAUCAAACAAAUGCUCGACAAGAGGUGUUUCAGAUUGAUCAUAAAUGGUCAGUCAUGUGUAGCCAGUUUGAGCUAGCCAUAGCCCAAGAAAAUCUCUCUUAG